CAGAAUCGUGCAGUUGGAUGGUGUUAACGGUUGUAACCUAACUUACUGUUAGUAAAAUAUAAAUCUAUAUGCGAAUUGUAUUAGUUCUAUAGUGGAAAUUAAAAAUGUCUUGGCCUAAAAGCGCUGUACUUUCAUUAAUUGAAGCUUACAAAGAAUAUCCAUGUUUGUACUCCACAAAAGAUUUGAAUUAUAGGAAUAAAUUUGCAAGGCGCAAAGCUUUCGAAGCAAUCUACGAAAAACUACAACAUCUUCUGCCAAAUGUCAGCAUUCAGGAAUUGAAAAUGAAGGCAACGACUUUGAGGAGUACUUUCAUAGGGGAGCACCGCAAAUUUUCCGCACUUGUUCUAAAUGGAGCUGAGUCUUACAGCCCAAAUUUAUGGUACUAUGAUAGGUUAUUGUUUAUGGCUGACCCAAUUCCUAAUUGGCAAGUCUUGAAAACCACAAAUGGACGAAUUUUAACCAAUAACAGUCGACAUAAACCAAAUAUUUUGAGGGAACGGAAGACCAAUAACAAUAAGCCUUCAGAAACUACACCAGCAGUAGAAAUAAAGACAGACAACAAUAAGCCUUUGGAAACUACAACAGAAGUUGAAUUGAAGACUGAAGAGAUAAUUGAAAUUAAUGAUGAUAUAAUGCAAUCAAAUGUACUUAUACAAAUGAUUAAUAACUCAUGUACUCCAGAUGAGGAACACAAGGAUGAUGAUAAACAUGAAUUAUUUAAUAACAGUGUAGUUAAUAUGGAAUUUCAAGAUUCCCCUGAGUCAAUUAGUUGUACAUCUCCGAAGAUCUUCAUUCCUCCAGCUGAUGAUAAUUUAGAUGUGAAUUCAAAUAAUGAUGAGCCAAAACAACAUGUAAAUGUGGACAUCAUCAUGCCUCCAGCUGAUGAUAAUUUACAUGUGAAUUUAAAUAAUGAUCAACAAAAGCAACAUGUAAAUGUGGACAUCUCCAUGCCUUCAGUUGAUGAUAAUUUACAUAUGAAUUUGAAUAAUGAUCAGCAAAAGCAACAUGUAAAUGUGGACAUUGAUAAUCCUGAAUGUACAAAGCAGAUUCAGGCGUUUUGUAAUUUUGUAGGAUCUAGUUUACAUAUGAUUAAAAACUCAAAAGCUCAAAUGGCUGUGCAGAGACAAAUAACAAAGUUACUCUAUGAUGCAUUAGAUAAUGUGUAAUUGUACACAUAAUAAAAUAAAAAUAAUAUUUUUUACUCUAAUAAACCUGUUCUGUUCUGAUUCCUCCACUCUAUAAUAGAGUGGAGGUGUGCACUUAGCUCACACCUCACA